UUUUCUCUGGUCCCUUAAUUGUUUUUAAACCUUGCUGAGUACUUUGUUUACAGUCCCUAGUACAGGGAUUUGCAUCCUCUGCUCCUGUUUGUGCUGUCCAAGAGUCUGUCUCAGUUCCAUUCUGGCUAGAGCAAGGUUCUUUUCUCAUUUAUCUUUUCAAAGAGCCCCCCCCCCUCCCCUCUGGCCAAGACACAUUACCAGAGGGAUUUGGAGCUGCUGCUGCCUUCUUUUCUCAAGUUGACAGAAAAGCUUCAAAGAGAUAAGACUUCUGCUUUCUUCCGUAAAAGAUCACCCUGAAUUUGAUGUCAAUGGAUUUCCCUUUUCUGAGCUUUAAUGAACACUUCCAGAACUAGUCUACAAACCAACCAAGAAAUCCCUGCAGUUCAAUAUGACUGAAGAGCACUUGAAAGAGAUUUUAGGAACAGGGAAGAGUCCAGAGCCCGUCAGGAUGGAGAAAAGCAAUAACAACGAGUGUGUGGUCACUGCGAUUCCCCUGGUCAGUGAGGUUCAGCUGACAGCCGCCACAGGAGGAGCCGAGCUCUCCUGUUACCGCUGCAUCAUCCCAUUCGCUGUGGUCCUUCUGAUUGCGGGAGUGGUGGUUACAGCUGUAGCCUACAGUUUUAAUUCUCAUGGAUCCAUCAUCUCCAUUUUGGGGCUUAUCCUACUGUCAUCUGGACUUCUUUUGUUAGCUUCCAGUGCCUUGUGCUGGAAGGUAAGGCAGAGGAGCAAGAAAUCAAAAAGGCGAGAGAGUCAGACAGUUCUGGUGGCAAAUCAGAGGAGCCUGUUUGCUUAAAAACAAAAACAAAAACAAAAACAAAAGUGAUUCAACAGAAAUCUGAGGCCUGAAAACCUGGCCGGACUUUGUCAGAUGCUUAUGAUCAGUAUACACAUACUCCUCUGUAUUUCACACAACUGGCAUUUUCUAAAUACUAAUUUAGAAAAUGCAAUUGGCAAACUUUGGAAGGGUUUGCUAGCAGUCAGGGGGAAGAAUGAGAGUGGAAGGAGUUCACAUGACCUGUGUCUUCCUUGACAACAUGCUUCAUGGCAAAGAUUGUUUCUUUCUAAGGCUGACAAGUCAGCUUUUUCUCCACGUUAGACUUUUAGGUGGUUAGGUGUGAGAUGAAGACGAUUAGUCAAUGUUUGGCUAAUAUUUUGGUUGUUGUUGAUGUUUAGUUGUUUUCAGUUGUUUCCGACUCCUCAUGACCCCAUUUGGGGUUUUCUUAGCAGAGAUACUGGAGUGGUUUUGCCAUUUACUUCUCUAGCUUAUUUUACAGAU